AUGGCGGCCGUGGUCAACCUCGACGACGACGACGUCAUGGAGCCUACGCUCCAGUCCAUCCUCGACCAGCGCUCCCUCCGCUGGAUCUUUGUCGGCGGCAAGGGCGGUGUCGGCAAGACCACCACCUCGUGCUCCCUCGCCAUCCAGCUCGCCAAGGUCCGCCGCAGCGUCCUGCUCAUCUCCACGGACCCCGCACACAACCUGUCCGACGCCUUUGCGCAAAAGUUUGGCAAGGACGCCCGCCUGAUUGACGGCUUCACCAACCUCAGCGCCAUGGAGAUUGACCCGAGCGCGGGUCUGCAGGACAUGCUGGCUGGCAUGAACGAGGAUGGCAGUGGCGGCGGCGGCGGCGGCGGCGCGGCGGCCGGCAUGAACUCCAUGGUCCAGGACCUGGCCCUGUCCAUCCCCGGCAUCGACGAGGCCAUGUCCUUUGCCGAGGUCCUGAAGCAGGUCAAGUCGCUGUCGUACGAGACCAUUGUCUUUGACACCGCCCCCACGGGCCACACGCUGCGCUUCCUGCAGUUCCCCACCGUCCUCGAAAAGGCCCUGGCCAAGAUCAGCCAGCUGUCCGAGCAGUAUGGGCCCCUCCUCAACGGCCUCAUGGGCGCCGGCGGCGCCGGCGCCGGCGCCCUGCCCAACGGCCAGAGCCUCUCGGGCAUGAUUGCCCAGCUCGAGUCGCUGCGCCAGACCAUUUCCGAAGUCAACACCCAGUUCAAGGACGACGCGCUCACCACGUUUGUCUGCGUGUGCAUCCCCGAGUUCUUGUCGCUCUACGAGACCGAGCGCAUGAUCCAGGAGCUCGCCAGCUACCAGAUCGACACCCACUGCAUCGUCGUCAACCAGCUGCUCUACCCCCGCAAAGGGUCGGCCUGCGAGCAGUGCGGCGCGCGCCGGCGCAUGCAGAAAAAGUACCUCGACCAGAUCGAGGAGCUAUACGACGACUUCAACGUGGUCAAGAUGCCGCUGCUCGUCGAGGAGGUGCGCGGCAAGGAGAAGCUGGAAAAGUUUAGCGACAUGCUGAUCCACCCGUAUGCGCCUGCGGACGUUGACGAUGGCGAUGAGAAGAACUAG